UUGGGUUGGAUAUUAGAGAGAAAUUCUUUGCAGGGAGAGUGAUCAGGCAUUGGAAUGGCCUGCCCAGAGAGGUGGUGGAUUCCCCAUCCCUGGAGGAUUUUAAGAUGAGGCUGGAUGUGGCACUGAGUGCCAUGAUCUGGUAAUCACACUGGGGUUGGAUCAAGGGUUGGACUUGAUGAUCUCAGAGGUCUCUUCCAGCCCAGUUAAUUCUGUGAUUCCGUGAUUCCCUGUUUCUCCUGUUUGCACAUCGCUCCAGCAUCCCAAGUUUUAGUGGGAUGGGAUAUUCUCCCUCCUCUGGCCGAGAGGAUGGGGCCAACCUUUCCAGAGGGAGUAACAAUCCCGCUUUUCCUCCUUCUGAACCCACCCUUAACUUUAUGGAGAGGAUCUCCAGGGGAAACAAGUAGCCCUUUAAAUCAGGUCUAAGGUGCAAACUGGGAAUUGCAGGGAAUGUUCCACACGAUAUCCCAGCGGGUGGGUCCUCCUGGGAAAUGGAGAGUCCCGGGAUGAUGAGGGUCGGAAGGGAUCCUAAAGAUCGUUCAGUCUGACUCCCUGACACCUCCCACUAGCCCAGGUUGCUCCAAGCCAUGUCCAGCCUGGCCCUGGACACUUCCAGGGAUGAGAAAUAAAGGAUUAAAUGGAUAAAGGUAAUUCCAGGGGGGAUGUUGAGCAUCCAGGUGUUGGUGAAUCCGUGAUUUCCCCUGGUAGAGUUUUGCUGAGGGGCUGGUGGAGCCAAACACCCCCAGGGACAUCAGGACCUUCCUGUUCCCACCAGCCAGAGUUGUCCCAUCCCUGACACAUCCCAGGGCUCUUCCAUCCCUUUUCCAGGUUCUAAGGAGUCGGGUAGGACCUCUGAUGGUUGGAACGUUCUGUCAUUCCUUGACUUAAAAACCUUAAAGGUCUUUUCCAACCUUAUCAAUGACAUCACUGAGAUCCCUCCUGUCCCAUCCACACCCCAAAUUCCAAGCCCUUUUUUUUUUUCCAUGUGCUUCCUCCCAGGAUCCAGCUUCCCCUUGGCGAGGAGCCCCCCGUCCAACAAGGUGAUCAAGACCCGCUACAGGAUCGUGAAGAAGAACGUGGCCCCUCCAGCCGUGUCCUCCUUCUCCAGCCCCAUUCCCACCUGGAAGGCCAGGCGCCCCGGGACGUCCAGGUCCCUGCUGAUGAACCAAACCCGCCCAUCGCCCCAGGGUGGUAAAUCCCAGCCGGUGGCGCCGCGGUGGAGGAGCAAAGGCUUCCGCUGCAUCGGCGGCGUCCUGUACCGAGUGUCGGCCAACAAGCUCUCCAAAACCUCCAGCACCCCCGGCAGGACCAGGGACCUGGGCACCAAAAGCCCCAGCAGAGCAGCUCUGAGGUUGCACUCCACGCCCAGUCCCGGAAUCUCUCCCUCCGGCCUCAGCAGAUCCUCCUCGUGCCGAUACAUCGCCAGCCGUGCCGUGCAGAGGAGCUUGGCCAUCAUCCGCCAGGCCAGGCAGAGGAAGAAGAAGAAGGAAUAUUGCAUGUACUACAACCGCUUCGGGAGGUGCAACCGCGGCCAGAGCUGCCCCUACAUCCACGAUCCCGACAAGGUCGCCGUCUGCACCAGGUUUCUCCGUGGCACGUGCAAGAAGACAGAUGGGACCUGCCCCUUUUCCCACAAGGUGUCCAAGGACAAGAUGCCGGUGUGUUCCUACUACCUGAAAGGGAUCUGCAGCAACAGCAACUGCCCCUACAGCCACGUCUACGUGUCCAGGAAGGCAGAGGUGUGCCAGGAUUUCCUCAAGGGAUAUUGUCCCAUGGGAGAGAAGUGCAAGAAGAAGCACACGCUGGUCUGUCCCGACUUCGCCAAGAAGGGCGUCUGUCCCAGGGGCGCCCGCUGCAAACUCCUGCACCCCCACAAGAGGCGUCACCCCCAGGAGGUGGCGGGUGAUGGAGACCACCCCAACCCCCCUGCCAAGUGGAGAUGGGCCAAGGAGAAGCUGGAGAGGAAGGAUCCAGCUCAGCUCCACGACGAUGGGGAAAUUCCCGGCCCUUCCAGGACGGAGCAGGAGGGGAAGUUGCGGAAGGAGGAGGACACCAAGGCAAGGAGCUGCCUGCAGAAGCUCCCGUCCUUCAUCUCCCUCCGAUCCCCGGAGUAUCCCGGAUUCCAGGGCUGCCAAGUGGAGAAGGAUGAGGACGAGCCAGAGGAGAAGCCAGGCACCACCAAAAGGAAGAGGAUUUUGCCGCGGGAAUCCUCGGAGGACUCGGAGAACACCCGUGUGGAAGGUGCCAGAGGCAAACGGCUGCAGAUCAAGCCCCGGCUGUGAGGAAUUCCCGAUCCCGGGAAUUCCCGAUCCCGGGACAGCCGACCCGCUCAGGAACCGGAGAGCCGGGCACGACCUGGCACCUACCUCAGGACGCCGUGUCCAGGCACGGCACCCCCUUCUCCUCCCGCUUUUCCAAGGGGACUCCAUCCGGACAAGGAGCAGCGUGGGAAUUACACCCGCUCGUUCCCACCGGGAAUUCCCGCGGGAAGCGGCUUUUUUGGGAGUCUUUUGAGUUGACCAAUAAACCACCCUUUGUCAGUU